GUGGUGCAGAGCAACUGGUAACGUUCAGGCAGGAACAUCACCAUGUCGACCAUUACACUUGUCCGCUGCGUUAUCCGAAAUACCUGGCCGAGCACACCUUACCCCGUCGAGAACCCAAAGCAGGGCUACGCUGCACAACGGUUCCCGAGCACGGCAAUGGCAUCGCGGCUCGCCGUCCGGGCGCCCUCCGCGACCCUGUCACGGGCCGAAAACACGUCCCCGGGCCCCAAGCCACCGAGCAACAGCGGGCAGAAGCACCAGAGAUCAGCCACCACCAGCCGGAGGCUUGCAACGACGGCGGCGGCGCUCCUGGCGUCCCGGCUGCUGGCGCCCGCGGCGAGCAUCGCCGCCGGCGCGUUCGACCUGCGGCUCACGCUGCCGGAGCAGUCCAGCGAGGAGGCCGAGGCCGUGGUGCGGACCCACGCGCGGAACCUGCUGCAGGUGAAGCAGUUCGUCGACGCCGGGGCGUGGCGGGAGCUGCAGGCGGCGCUGCGCGCCAGCGCGUCCAACCUCAAGCAGGACCUGUACGCCAUCAUCCAGGCCAGGCCCGCGGACCAGCGCCCCGAGCUCCGCAGGCUCUACUCCGACCUCUUCAACAGCGUCACCAGCCUGGACUACGCGGCCAGAGACAAGGACGAGGUCCAGGUGCGGCAAUACUACGGCAACAUCGUCUCCGCCCUCGACGAGAUUUUCGCCAAGAUCAUGUAGUUGCUCAUACCUUUAUCUAGGAUAGAUGGAGAAUGGAUUUUUUUUUCAAAAAAGGAAAACUUGGAACCUGUACUGGAAGUACAUUCACACGCAGAGAGCAACAAAUGGCGACCAGCAAAAAGGGCUUUCAUUCUUGCUAA